GGCCGGGAGGGGACAGGACAGGACGGGGACCAUGAACGGCUCGGCGAACUCGCUGCUGGACAAGGAGGGUCACCCGCUGCAGCUGGGCGAGAGCUUCGAGCGGCGGCCCAAGGCCUUCUUCCACACCAUCCGCUAUGAUUUUAAGCCAGCAUCGAUUGAUACAUCUUGUGAGGGGGACCUCCAAGUGGGUAAAGGAGAUGACGUAACAAUCACAUUGCCACAUAUUCCAGGUUCAACUCCACCAAUGACUGUGUUUAAAGGAAAUAAAAGGCCAUAUCAGAAGGACUGUGUGCUUAUUAUCAAUCAUGACACUGGGGAAUAUGUGCUGGAAAAACUUAGUAGCAGCAUUCAAGUCAAGAAAACAAGAGCAGAGGGCAGUAGUAAGAUCCAAGCCCGAAUAGAACAACAGUCUGCCCGAGCAUCUCAGCCUCCUUCACAGUUCAGAGCCCCAACCAAGCCAGCAGUUGGAUCUAAAACAUCUCCUUUGAAAGAUAAUCCUUCGCCUGAGCCUCAGCUGGAUGACAUUAAGAGAGAGCUGAGAGCAGAGGUUGAAAUUAUUGAGCAGAUGAGCAGCAGCAGUGGAAGCAGCUCAUCGGAUUCAGAAAGCUCAUGUGGGAGUGAAGAUGAAAGCUCCAGCAGUGAGGGGGAAGAGCUAGCACACGCUUCCCCUUCCCAGCCACCUCACCAGCAGUAUAACAACAGGAAUGCUGUUGCUAACGGCACCAGCAGGCCCCAAGGAAGCAAUCAGCUCAUGAGCACGCUACGAAAUGACUUGCAGUUGAGUGAGUCUGGGAGCGACAGUGAUGACUAGAGGCUGAGCUUUUGCUGUUUCUGUUACAUAUACAUGAAGAACUAAUUUACCUUGAAGUGAUCCUAUUGCUUAUGAAGAGGAGCUGGCACAGAGAUAGUUCCAUGCGUGGAAUUUUAAUAGAAGAAAUGCAUAGCCCUACAAAAUAGCAGAUGUUGAGGGCUGGUUUACUUUGUGAAUUAAGUGUAUAUUUUGUGUAUAUUCUUAUUCUUUUAAAGCUUUAAAUAGAUAUGUACAGUCGGUAAGCCAAUAUAUAUAACUGUAUGAUGUCAUCCACAAAUUUAUUGUUUGUAGAAGAUAUUCAGCCCAUCAUGACUUUUUUUUGGGGGGACACACAACUUUUGUAUAUAGGGUGAGCAUGAGCCAACAGUGAGUUUAAAACACAUGCAGGAGCUAGUGUGUGCACUGAAGUGGGACUGUCAUAAAUUAAGUUUCAGUACUAAGUUGAUUUCUUUGGUUUGGGAUUUUUCUAACAUCUUUUUAUUGCUAUUUAUGGUUGAUUUAAUGGACUUAGUUUUAAACAGUUGGAAAAUAGGAAUCAUAAAACCAUGUUCGUCACAAACCUUGCUGCACCAGUGCCUUAUAAGCAGGUUUUAUAAAUAGCGCUUCCAUUCCUGCCACCUUUCCUAUAGGGAGCAAUACUGAAUACUCCUCAGAUUGCCUUUGCAAAGAAGAGCUGUAUUUCAUGUACAGCCAACUGUACUCUGAGGGCAGUUACUCUUGCACGAUAAAGGAUAUACAUCAGUCACCUGAACACAUCAAAAUAAGAACCAGAUCAGCAUUAUCUUUUGCAACUGAAGUGUCUUGCUUAACUCAGACAUUCAGACCUAGUCUUCCGAAAUAUUUAGGAGCCCGAUGACCAGUGAAAUUGCAACGUCACAAAUACAAGAUACUGGACUUACUGGAAUUGUAAGACCAGAGCACUCUUUGCAGUUUCCUAGAGAACACAGAAAGAAGAGAUGAACUAAACAAUUAACCGUGAAAUUUCACAAGUCUUCCACCACAGUUGUCCAGGUAGACUUCAGGCCGUAUCAUUUGUUGGACAGGAUCUCUGUGCUUGGCAGGAGUAGACAGAACAUGAAAUAUUUGCCUAGGGUGAAAUUCACCCCUGUUUAAGGGGGUUUAAAGGGUGCUUAGUUGGAUUAUCAUUAACUUUUUUUGCUCACAUGGAAAAUGAGUGCCACGGGCAGCCUCUUACAGCUUGAACACCAGGCUGACUUUUUAAAACCAAAAUUUAACCGGCAUAGGACAAGUGGCGCUGUAGUUGUGCUGUAACGCAGGGGAAUGGGAAGCUGAAUUGGAUGCCUCUCCAUUCUCAGGUGUCUUCUGCUUUGCGCUGCUUUUGUCUGUCUGUUAGUUUGUGGUUUAACUCCUGUUUGUUUACUGAGCUUUUUUUUUUUUUUUUUAAGGUGUUGAAGAGCAAGGGGACAUUUGAAGGGAGAUUUUAUUAAAUGGUUUAUUUUUUUGCAUUAGAUACAUAUGUAGGCAUAUUUUUGCAUUAUUGUACAUACAUUUAAAAAUACUUGUUUUUUUAAAAGUGUUUUGUGAUGUGGGUACAUAUUUUAACAGACAAUUAUGAAAUAUACUUGAAGUAAAGCCAGAAUUGCUGUCCUUUUUUUUCUUUUCUUUUUUUUCCCCAUUCCUCCUCUGACCGCAGAAGUGCUCUGUUUCAACAAGCUUGUAUCAAUUUGGGAUUUUACACUUUGGUGCAGGAGAUCUGCAUGGUGGUUGACAGUCUAAUUAAUGCUAAUACCACUCCUGACUUUUCCGCAGCUUAAGAUCUGAAUAAGCAGGGAGCCAUUUCUCUGAUGCCAUUUCCCCGUUACUGGAGCUUAUUCCUGAGUUCUCUUGACAUUAUUUGCACUUAAAUGGAAAAGCGGCAGUGCAGCAUUUUCAUUGCCUAUCAUUCACUGGCUGCUUAUGUGUUCUAAAAUCCAGGACACGUCAUAGGAAGUUUACUAAUUAUGUGUAAAUAAAAUAUAUGAAACUUAAGAUGAUAAGACACCACCAGGCUACAUCAAUUUGAAUUGCCAAUUUAAUUAUGGUUUAGCUCAGCAAGUGAGAAAACUUUGUUCAGAUAAUCAAUUUUCGCCCUGUUUUAUAUUUGUACUCUAGGUCACGUUUCCCUGCUAUCCCUUCCUAAAAGAUUUCUUCCCUUCUCUGUUGGUAGUGAAAUCAACAUUUUUUCACGCAAUUGCAUACAGCUUUUAAACAACAUUUGGCCGUCCUUCGUGCUCCCUGGAAAUGCAUCGCAAUCAAGGGUGGCCAACCUGUUGUUGGCGAGCUGUGUAGCUGCACAUCCCGCACCUAGACUACAGCAUCUGGCUGCCCACGGGGCUGGUGAGUAACACAGUGACCCACAGCCUGCUCGUGGACGUAAGCCUGGCGGUCUCUACGUGUGUGUGACCAGCCUGUCCCCUCCUGCCACUGUGUCCCCAAGCAGCUCCUGGCACCUCCUGCCAGAGAAGCUCUCCGGGAUCUUUGCCUUUCCCACAGCUCUCAUGGGUUUGUGGCACGUGUUUCAUGAAGGUGAACCAUGUGGAGACAUCAGUAGGCAACUCGUAAGAUCAGAAAGGGUGGCUGCCACUUUUUCUCCUUUUUCUAAAUACACGCGAAUGUGUUUUAAAGCCAUUGCCAACCUGACAUUUUGAGUUGGGGCACUUAAAAUUUUAUGUUUCCUAUAUUAAGAAAUAGUGAAAGUUGUCUGUGCGUUUCUAUUAGAUGGUUGUUCAUUUGUUCAUGAUUUGCAGCAAGUUUUAUUCAGAUGGAAAUUGGAAUUCAAAUUACUUGCAGAAAAGCAGUUAUUUAGAAUUCUUUUAAUUAGUUGGCAAUAUCUUUAACAUGCUGGAGAAAUAAGUUGACUAAAAUAUGUUUUGAUUAAACCUGGUAAUGAAACAAAGUAUUCCUGAUUAUUCCUGGUAGGUUGUAAUCCUGCAGGAUUUUAGCACUAGUGGAUCUACGCUAUUUUUUUUUCCACAUAAGGCAGGAACAUCUUUUAUAUGCUAAUUAGUUUAAAUGUGAACUAACAGUGCAUACGGAAUGCAAUUAUCUGAAUGAACUGAAACUAAGUAUUUCUUUGCAUUCAUGAGAGACCUGCCUGCUGGCUAUGGCGAGGUUAGCAGUUCAUGACAGUUUUGGUUUCUGAUGGUUUCUUCAGUGACAUCAUCCAUUUCAGUGGUUUGACUUUGCUUAGAACUCCACCAGCAAACGUGGCCUGCUUAUGACUUUUCCUGUAAUUAGAAUUGCUGUAGGAGUAAUAGUCAAUAAUGAUUUAAAUUUAUUCAAUUAGAUUGUCAUAAUUUCAACUAUAGUUACUAAUUUUUUCUAAUAAAAAGAUUUUAUUUCAAAAAAGACACAUUCAGCCACCUGCUUAUCCAUCUUGGACACCUUAAAAUAUGAUUGCAGCAAUGCCCAAGCUGGUGUUUCAAAUUUUAGUCAUGCAGAAGAGCUUCCACCACCUCAUCCUUUGUCCCCCACCCGAGGGCUGACCAACCCUACCAGCGGGGACGGCUUGAGUCACUCCAGUUAAACCACAGGUACGAUCACCUCCGGGCAAAAGGCAUCCCGGUCCCCUGAUGAGAGCCAUACAUUAUAAGAGCGUGCAGCACAACCCUCUCUUGUUUCACCAAAGCAUCCCCCUCCUGGCAUAAGUCUUGGCUGAACCAAUUUUGUUGAGAAAGCAGACUGAUCGGAAAAUGUUUGGUUUUCUUCAGCACUGCUCGGAAUAGCUCAGAGCUUAACUGUGGGUAGUACAUCUGUUUUGAAGACACUGUGCCCAAGUUGAUUUGCACAGUUUGCUUUAUUACAGACUAGCUGUAUGCCUGUGUAUAGCUAUGCAUAGAAGUAGUUUGCUGUGCAAAGCUUUGUAGUCUUUUUUUUCUUCCUCCAAAGUCCAUUUAUUUGAAUAAAAAAAUGAACGAUC